GGGCCAUUGUUGCAGGACCACAGCUUCGAGGUUGUGCAACACCUUUAGUAAACACUUCCUGAAUCAGACAAGAAUGAACCAGGGAGUUUCAUUCUGUCUCACUGGAGAGGAGGCAGGGACAGACCCAGCAGCACCCAUCUGAGCGAGAAGAGCAGACACCGUGCUCCUGGAAUCACCCAGCAUGUUGCAAGGUCUCCUGACAGUCAGUCUCCUCUUCUCUGUUCCAGUAAGUGCUAUAAAAGAACUCCGUGGGGUGAAGAAAUAUGAAGUGGUUUAUCCUAUAAGACUUCAUCCACUACAUAAAAGAGAGGUCAAAGAGCCAGAGCAACAGGAACAAUUUGAAACUGAAUUAAAGUAUAAAAUGACAGUUAAUGGAAAAAUUGCAGUGCUUUAUUUGAAAAAAAACAAGAACCUCCUUGCACCAGGCUACACAGAAAUAUAUUAUAAUUCCUCUGGAAAGGAGAUCACCACAAGCCCACAAAUUAUGGAUGAUUGUUAUUAUCAAGGACAUAUCAUUAAUGAAAAGGUUUCUGACGCUAGCAUCAGCACAUGUAGGGGUCUAAGGGGCUACUUCAGUCAGGGGAAUCAAAGAUACUUUAUUGAACCUUUAAGCCCCAUACCUCGGGAUGGACAGGAACAUGCACUCUUCAAGUAUGACCCUGAUAAAAAGAAUUAUGACAGCACCUGUGGGAUGGAUGGUGUGUUGUGGGCCCAUGAUUUGCAGCAGAACAUUGCCCUACCUGCCACCAGACUAGUAAAAUUGAAUGACAGGAAGGUUCAGGAACAUGAGAAAUACAUAGAAUAUUAUUUGGUCCUGGAUAAUGGUGAGUUUAAAAAGUACAAUGAGAAUCAAGAUGAGAUCAGAAAGAGGGUGUUUGAUAUGGCUAAUUAUGUCAACAUGCUUUAUAAAAAGCUCAAUACUCAUGUGGCCUUAGUUGGUAUGGAAAUCUGGACUGACAAGGAUAAGAUAAAGAUAACCCCAAAUGCAAGCUUCACCUUGGAAAAUUUUUCUAAAUGGAGGGGGAGUGUUCUCCCAAGAAGAAAGCGUCAUGAUAUUGCUCAGUUAAUCACAGCAACAGAACUUGCUGGAACGACUGUGGGUCUUGCAUUUAUGUCUACAAUGUGUUCUCCUUAUCAUUCUGUUGGCGUUGUUCAGGACCACAGUGACAAUCUUCUUAGAGUUGCAGGGACAAUGGCACAUGAAAUGGGCCACAACUUUGGAAUGUUUCAUGACAACUAUUCUUGCAAGUGUCCUUCUACAAUAUGUGUGAUGGACAAAGCACUGAGCUUCUAUAUACCCACAGACUUCAGUUCCUGCAGCCGUGUCAGCUAUGACAAGUUUUUUGAAGAUAAAUUAUCAAAUUGCCUUUUUAAUGCUCCAUUGCCUACAGAUAUCAUAUCCACUCCAAUUUGUGGGAACCAGUUGGUUGAAAUGGGAGAGGACUGUGAUUGUGGGACAUCUGAGGAAUGUACCAAUAUUUGCUGUGAUGCUAAGACAUGUAAAAUCAAAGCAAGUUUUCAAUGUGCAUUAGGAGAAUGUUGUGAAAAAUGCCAAUUGAAAAAGGCUGGGAUGGUGUGCAGACCAGCAAAAGAUGAGUGCGACCUGCCUGAAAUGUGUGACGGUAAAUCUGGUAAUUGUCCUGAUGAUAGAUUCCAAGUCAAUGGCUUCCCUUGCCAUCAUGGGAAGGGCCACUGUUUGAUGGGGACAUGCCCCACACUGCAGGAGCAGUGCACAGAGCUGUGGGGACCAGGAACUGAGGUGGCAGAUAAGUCAUGUUACAACAGGAAUGAAGGUGGGUCAAAGUAUGGGUACUGUCGCAGAGUGGAUGACACACUCAUUCCCUGCAAAGCAAAUGAUACCAUGUGUGGGAAGUUGUUCUGUCAAGGUGGGUCGGAUAAUUUGCCCUGGAAAGGACGGAUAGUGACUUUCCUGACAUGUAAAACAUUUGAUCCUGAAGACACAAGUCAAGAAAUAGGCAUGGUGGCCAAUGGAACUAAGUGUGGCGAUAACAAGGUUUGCAUUAAUGCAGAAUGUGUGGAUAUUGAGACAGCCUACAAAUCAACCAAUUGCUCAUCUAAGUGCAAAGGACAUGCUGUGUGUGACCAUGAGCUCCAGUGUCAAUGUGAGGAAGGAUGGAGCCCUCCCAACUGCGAUGACUCCUCAGUGGUCUUCUACUUCUCCAUUGUGGUUGGGGUGCUGUUCCCAAUGGCGGUCGUUUUUGUGGUGGUCGCUAUAGUAAUCCGGCACCAGAGCUCCAGAGAAAAGCAGAAGAAAGAUCAGAGAUGGAGUCUGCAUCUGUGGCCCAGGCUGGAGUGCAAUGCCACGAUAUUGGCUCACUGCAACCUCCACCUCCCAGGUUCAAGCACUUCUCCUACCUCAGCCCCGAGUAUCUGGGAUUACAGGCCACUAUCUACCACUGGCACCAGGCCACACAAACAGAAGAGGAAACCCCAGAUGGUAAAGGCUGUUCUACCCCAAGAGAUGAGUCACAUGAAACCCCAUGUGUAUGAUCUGCCAGUAGAAAGGAAUGAGCCCCCAGCCUCUUUUCUAAUUACAAAGCCAGAUUUUCCACCACCGCCAAUUCCGGCACCUGUAUCAUCUUCUUUGCUUUAUCACCCAAGAAGAAUGAAGAAGAAUGACACUGACAAGAAAAAUAUGCAUAAAGACACAAAAGCACUUGCCUCUACUGUUUUCAAGGAUAAUCCAAUGUCUACACCUAAGGACUCAAAUCCAAAAGCAUGAAGCAACAGCUAAGCAGAACUAAUGGCUAAAUUAUCAAUUUGGAAAACUGGAAAAUCUGGAUGGCAGAGAAAUAUACUUAUAUCUCACCAGUAUUUGCUCUCGACUCAAGAAGGUGAAUCAGAAAAUGUUAAUGUUAGACUUUGAAGAGACUAAAGAAAAUUUUCAAGAGGAACAUAUGCCUGAGAACCUUUGCAUGAAUUUAAAAUUUCAAUUAUCCAUUCUUAUAAGAAGGAAGAUGAUUGUAAAGAAAUAUCUCUGAAGUUAAAAUCUUUAAUAGGAAUUGAUUCAUUCUCAAAUGAAAACAAAACAAAAACAUCACACUAAUCUUGGAGGAAUAAGAAAAAUUGUACAUCCAUUAAAUGAGUAGCACCAUCUUGAUUGUUUUAACCAUUAAAUUGUCAAAUUACAAUCUCAGUUAAGAAAAUGAUGUAAACAUUCUGGUUUGUGGAUCUCUUUCCUAGAUUAGCUUCUGAAAUCAUUAUUAGCUAUAUCAUUUGAGGUUUUCUACAAUUUAGUAAAACUAUGAAUUAAAAAAUGUUUUAUCAUA